AAGAGCUCGGUAGCAACCGCUGCGAUUCCUUCCUGUGCUGAGGCUUCGCCGCCAGAGUUUCGGCCUCUCUCAGACCGGUUCCCGCUCCGUUUCUCUUUUGGUUUGGGCUGAGCCCGUGCAGUGCUUGCCAUGGCAGUAAGCCCCGGGACGAUCACUAAUGCGGACUCUGCAUCGGGAGGUGGAGAGGACGAAGGUAAACAUGUCAAACCUUUUACACCAGAGAAAGCAAAAGAAAUCAUAAUGUGUUUACAACAACCUGCAGUCUUCUAUAACAUGGUUUUUGAUUGGCCGGCACAACACUGGACUGCGAAACAUCUUUCUGAGGUCCUUCAUGGCAAGCAGAUACGAUUUAGGAUGGGAACGAAAAGCUCAGACACAGCUCCUCAGUUUGAAACCACAUGUAAUUAUGUAGAAGCUACACUUGAAGAGUUUCUUUCCUGGAACUGUCACCAGUCUAGUAUUUCUGGAGCAUUUAGAGACUAUGAUCAUUCCAAAUUCUGGGCUUAUGCUGACUAUAAAUAUUUUGUCAGUUUAUUUGAAGACAAGACAGAUAUUUUCCAGGAUGUGAUAUGGUCUGACUUUGGGUUUCCUGGAAGAAAUGGACAGGAAAGUACAUUGUGGAUCGGCUCCCUGGGGGCCCAUACACCCUGUCAUCUGGACACCUAUGGUUGCAACUUAGUAUUCCAGGUACAAGGAAGGAAAAGAUGGCAUCUCUUUCCUCCUGAAGAUACUCCUUUCCUUUAUCCAACUAGAAUUCCAUAUGAAGAAUCCAGUGUGUUCAGUAAAAUCAAUGUUGUCAAUCCUGAUUUAAAACGUUUUCCUCAGUUCCGGAAAGCUCGAAGACAUAUGGUUACGCUGAGCCCAGGACAGGUUCUAUUUGUUCCCAGACACUGGUGGCAUUAUGUGGAAUCCAUUGAUCCUGUCACUGAAGAGGACCACCAAGCCCGGGUAGAAGAGGCAAUCACCCGAAUGCUUGUGUGUGCCCUGAAAACUGCAGAGAAUCCACACAAUACCAGAGCUUGGUUAAACCCGACUGAGCUUGAGGAAACAUCCCAUGAAGUCAAUUGUCACUACUUAAAUGGAGCCAUUUCUGCUUUUUUUAAUCAUUAUGGAACAUCUGAAGUAGUAGAAACCCAAGCUCUGAGAACAAACAGAGAAUACACAAUAAAGGAGGAGUUAAAUGUGCACAACCACAUGGAGGUAGAACAAAUUGGUAGCCACAACUUAAGUUCAGAAACAGUAAAACAAGAAGCAGCAAGUCCUUUUGGCCUUGAUCUGGUUCCUGUCAUACCAAGUUCCCAAGAACCAUCUUCAGCAAGAGGAGGCAUAUUUGAAAAUGAUGGUGAAGAGUUUGUCAGCAAAAACGGAAAAUCCUUUGGAAAACUGCCUAAUACCAAGAGGCAGCGAAUGAUGAGUGAGAGUGAGAAUGCAGUUGUGGAACAGGUUGCUUCAGAUAGGACUGGGGCCCUUUCCCAAACAUUUGUUUCUACAGAUGACUUGCUGGACUGCUUGGUGAAUCCACAGGUAACCAGGAUAGUGGCGCAACUUCUGAUUCAAGGAAAAAGUGUGUGAUUCUAAUAGAAAAUGAUUUUUUAAAUACUGUUUUAAGAAUAUCUUUAAAAUAAUGUAGUUUUUAAAUAAAAGAUGAAACAGCAAAAGUUCAAUUUGCACAUGCUUAAAAUGUACUGUUCUCACCUAAUUAAAUUUUAGUCUCGUGCCACCUUCUGGCAUACACAUUGCUCUUUGGACAACCUGGCUCUUUGUUGUUUAUGUGCCUCUUCCCUCAGUGCCUUUGCCUUGCCUCUCCCAUCUCAUACCUUCAGCCUGUCUCAAAUGUAAGCUCCUGGCAUUCUCAGAAGGAAGUAGUCUCUGCAUCAGCCUCAAGCAGGGGUCAGCCUGUUGCUUGUUUUUGUAAAUAAAGUUGUAUUGAAACAUGG